CUCUGUGGACAAAUUGACAAAUAGUCCUUUACAGAAAAAAAUAGACAAAAAAUAAACAAAAAAAGGUAUGUUUGCUUUUUAUUUUGAGCUUUUUUGCUGUUUUUUCCUGCCCGGACAUUUGUUGGAUUUGAAAACUUCUGCGCGCAACACAGUUGGACUUUAACUUCGGCUCACCUGCGCAGGUGCAGAAAGAAGCUGAAACCGAGGAGUUCCAUGAGAGCUGCCAUCUGAUCCAAAGCCUCCCCCUCCUCCUCCUCCUGGACCCCCAUUCUAUUGCCCCCCUCCCACCCCGUCCACGUUUAUCAAUGAAGCAGGAGAUCAUGGCGGAUGGCCCCAGGUGUAAGAGGCGAAAACAAGCGAAUCCGAGGCGAAAAAACGCAGCUCUCAACUACGAGAAUGUGGUGGAGACGGGCUCGGAGACCGAGGAGGAGGACAAGCUGCCCGUGUCCGAGGAGGACCCCCUGAUCAACGGCGCGGGCAGCCCCGCCAGCCUCACCAACCCGGAGGCGUCGCCGCGCGGCGAGGGCCACGGCCUGCUGACCAAGGACGAGGAGGACGACGAGAUGCGGGACAGCGGCGUGGAGCACAUCUGGCAGGACAACGACAUGCUGAGCGCCUCGGUCGAUGGUACCGAUGAAAUGAAAUACGACUUUGACGCCCUGGGGUCUGAUGCCACUCUGCAGGGAGUUGGAAAUGGUACAGUCAAGAGCAUGGAUUGCACUUCAGAGUUGGAGGACUUCUUUGCCAAAAGGAAGCUGGACGACGGCGACAGCCACGUAGUGAGCAUCGCCGAGUGCCUGCGCCGCGGAGACACCGCCAUCAUCUACCCGGAAGCUCCGGAGGAGCUGAGCCGCCUGGGAACGCCGGAGGCCACGGGACCAGAGGAGAAUGACCUGCCACCUGGAACGCCAGAUGCUUUCGCCCAACUGUUGACCUGCCCCUACUGCGACCGAGGCUACAAGCGUUUGACUUCUCUGAAGGAGCACAUCAAGUACCGCCAUGAGAAGAACGAGGAGAACUUCGCCUGCCCGCUGUGCAACUACACGUUCGCGUACCGCACCCAGCUGGAGCGCCACAUGGCCACGCACAAGCCCGCCAGGGACCAGCACCAACUGCUCAACCAAGAGGCAGGAAACCGCAAGUUCAAGUGCGCCGAGUGCGGCAAGGCCUUCAAGUACAAGCACCAUCUGAAGGAGCACCUUCGGAUCCAUAGCGGCGAAAAACCCUAUGAGUGCCCCAACUGCAAGAAGCGCUUCUCCCACUCGGGCUCCUACAGCUCCCACAUCAGCAGCAAGAAGUGCAUCGGCUUGAUAGCAGUCAACGGCCGCAUGCGCAGCAACAUGAAGCCAGGCUCCUCCCCUACCUCUGCGUCGGCCUCGCCCACCAACACCGCCAUCACCCAGCUGCGGCAGAAACUCGAGAACGGCAAGCCGCUGGGCCUCGUCGACCACAACAACCACCUGAACAUCAAGACGGAACCGCUGGACUUCAACGACUACAAGCUGAUGAUGGCGUCCCAUGGGUUUGGCGCGCCAGGACCCUUCUUGAAUGGAGUUGGAGGUGACAGCCCACUAGGGGUUCAUCACAGCUCGACAGGUCAAAGCCCUUUGCAGCACCUGGGGUUGGCUGGACUUGACCCACAGCUUCUAGGCUACCCAGGUCCGCUAGGGAACAACCUGAGCGAGGUCCAGAAGGUUCUCCAAAUAGUUGACAACACUGUGUGCAGGCAGAAAAUGGACUGCAAGCCUGAGGAGCUCUCCAAACUCAAAGCUUACAUGAAGGAACUGGGUAAUCAGGCAGAGGAGCAGAAGCAGGCGAUGACUUCACCGGGGGGCCCUCAGGUCGGUCUUCCACUCGUCAAUCACAAUGGCGCCACCAAAAGCAUUAUCGACUACACGCUAGAAAAAGUAAACGAAGCCAAAGCUUGCCUCCAGAGCUUGACGACGGACUCAAAGAGACAGAUUAGCAAUAUCAAACGAGAGAAAGCCAACCACAUGCUUGACGGAGGUCUGGACGAGAAAGUGCCGGAGAACAUGUUUACACCGUACGCUUGUCAGUAUUGCAAAGAAACCUUUCCUGGGCCGAUACCGCUGCAUCAACACGAACGCUACCUGUGCAAAAUGAACGAGGAGAUCAAAGCUGUUUUGCAGCCCAGUGAGAACAUGAUGCCCAACAAACCGCCAAUGUUCAUGGAGAAGAACAACCACUUAUCGUCCUCCAUGUUGUCAGAGAAGGGACUCACUGGCCCCAUCAACCCUUACAGGGACCACAUGUCCGUGUUGAAGGCAUAUUUUGCUAUGAACAUGGAGCCCAACUCGGAGGAGCUGCUUAAGAUUUCCAUAGCGGUCGGCCUUCCUCAGGAAUUCGUCAAGGAGUGGUUUGAUCAGCGAAAGAUGUACGAAUACAGCACUACCAGAAGCCCGCCACUGGAGCACAGGAACAACACGGAUAUGGUUGUCGGAACAAAUAACCACUCCCCACCAAAAGACUCUUUGGCAGCUAGGUCACCUGUGUCUCUCCUGAAGCCUGCUGACCACAUCACUUCCCCCUCCAUCGCGGAGCUCCAAAACAACUGUGACAACCCCCUGAGACAUUUGAAGAACCACCAGUUUGGCGGCGGGGCGAAGGCUGCGGGCAAAAAGUUGGACCACUCCCGUAGCAACACUCCUUCCCCUCUCAACCUGUCCUCCGCAUCUUCCAAAAACUCCCACAGCAGCUCCUACACCCCCAACAGCUUGACUUCAGAGGACCUGCAGGCCGAACCGCUUGACCUCUCCCUGCCGAGACUCAUGAAGGAGCCCAAGCAUGCACUGACGGUCAAAAGCAGACCUAAAGUCAACAGUAUUACCAUUGACCAUAACAGCAUCCCUUCCCCACGAGAGCACUUCGAAGAGCCUUUGAACUUGGCCUAUCUCAAGAAGGAAUUCUCAGGCUCGACCAACAAUGGAAACAUUGAAAAAAGCACUAGCCCCAUCUUUGGCAUUAACCCCUUUGCUGCCAAGCCUUUGUACACGUCACUUCCACCCCACAGCGCUUUCCCGCCCGCCACAUUCAUGCCCCCCAUGCAGGCCAGCAUACCCGGUCUUAGGCCCUACCCGGGCAUGGAUCAAAUGGGCUUCCUUCCGCACAUGGCUUACACUUACGCGGCGGGGGCAGCCACCUUUGCCGAGAUGCAGCAGAGGAGAAAGUACCAGCGGAAACCAGGUUUCCAGGGGGACCUGCUCGACGGUACACCCGAUUACUUGUCAGGGCUGGACGACAUGACAGACCCCGACUCCUGUCUGUCGCGGAAGAAGAUUAAGAAGACCGAAAGUGGUAUGUACGCGUGUGACUUGUGCGACAAAACAUUCCAGAAGAGCAGUUCCCUUCUAAGACACAAAUAUGAACACACAGGGAAGAGGCCGCACCAGUGCCAGAUCUGCAAGAAGGCCUUCAAACACAAGCACCAUCUCAUCGAGCACUCUCGGCUGCACUCGGGCGAGAAGCCGUACCAGUGCGACAAGUGCGGCAAGCGCUUCUCGCACUCGGGCUCCUACUCGCAGCACAUGAACCACCGCUACUCCUACUGCAAGAGGGAGGCGGAGGAGCGGGAGGCGGCCGAGCGGGAGGCCCGCGAGAAGGGCCACCUGGAGCCCACCGAGCUGCUCAUGAGCAGGGCCUACCUGCAGGGAAUGACUCCUCAGGGCUACCCGGAGCUGGCCGAGCGCGAGGCCAUCCUGAGGCACGACGGCGUGAACGGAGGGAUCAGAGAGGGACACAAGGAAGUGGACGGAACGUAUGCAAAGAUCGCACGGAGGGACGAGUUCGAGGAGGAGGAGGAGGAGAGCAAGAGCAUGGACACGGACCCGGACACGUUGAGGGACGAGGAGGAGAACGGGGAGCACUCGAUGGACGAUAGCUCGCUGGACGGCAAAACGGAAACCAAAUCGGAUCACGAGGACGCCAUGGAGGACGCCAUGUAAUCGGAUGGGGGGGGCGGAACU